AAAGUGGAUAAUCUAUACUUUUACCUAACAGUAAUUGUUUGAUUUCAAACCCAAAUUGCUUGAGUAUAGCGCCAAAAGAAGAAAACAAUGCUUUUGAGAUCAGUAUGUGUGAAUAUUCGUCACUUCACUACGACUUGUGCGCCCUCCAGUGACAACGGUUCGAACAGUAGCGUUGAAGGCUUUAAAACUUUUAUUUUGAAAGCAACGUUUUACACGGAAAUAGCAAGCCAACACGUUGGCGUACUUCUGGUUCUGAACACAGCCAGAGAAGAACAGAGUAGACAACACAAACAUGUCUUACAGCGCAAAAAUAGGCCCGUCUAUUCUGAGCAGUGACCUUGCUUGCCUGGGCAGUGAAUGUGUCCGAAUGAUGGAGUGCGGUGCUGAUUACCUGCACCUCGACGUUAUGGACGGCCAUUUUGUUCCUAACAUCACGUUUGGUCAUCCCAUGGUGGAGUGCCUGAGGAAAUGCGUGGGACCGGAUCCUUUCUUCGACAUGCACAUGAUGGUGUCGAGGCCUGAGCAGUGGGUCCAGCCGAUGGCAGCGGCAGGAGCCAGUCAGUACACGUUCCACCUGGAGGCCACCACCAACGCCGGGAACCUCAUCAAAGAGAUCCGACAGAAUGGCAUGAAGGUAGGCCUGGCCAUAAAGCCCGGGACCACAGUGGAGGUACUGGCCCCGUGGGCUGGGCAGAUCGACAUGGCCCUGGUCAUGACUGUGGAGCCUGGCUUUGGAGGCCAGAAGUUUAUGGAGGACAUGAUGCCCAAGGUCAGCUGGCUGAGGAGUCAGUUUCCCUCUUUGGACAUUGAAGUGGACGGAGGAGUGGGUCCCUCUACUAUCCAUAAGUGUGCUGAGGCGGGUGCUAACAUGAUCGUGUCAGGCAGCGCGGUGGUGAGCAGCGACGACCCUCGGUCAGUCAUCGCCAUGCUGAGAACCGCCGUUUCCGAGGCCAUCCAGAAACGCUCGCUGGAUCGCUGAUGUGUCGCCUUCGUGGCUUGAGAGCCCCACGGUAGCGGGACCGUGUUUCUCUGUUGGGGUCAGGGAGGGGUGUGGGCGCACGCCGAUCAGCGGUCCCGUGACCGGUUGAUCCAGUGAGGCUCUGGCCCUGCCCCUCAAUACCGCAGAAACUCGAAACGAACCCAGUCAACCUCAAAGCGCAACACGCUCGGCUAGGAUCACUGCUUAACUGUAACAUUUUACCCACCAAUCAGCUUAGGCCUGUGAACGGUUCCAACUUUGUUGAGAGUGGAGCAGUGGUUGUGUCGACUUCAUAAGACAGUUGUAAACAUUCCAGAAUAUUAUUCCUUUUUUGAAUACUGUUAUGUUGGAAUAAUGAUGAUUUAUUUCUGACAGAAAAAAAUAAAAUCAAAACAAAUGGAGUAUAA